CCCCCGUCGUUGUUGUUGUUGUUAGAAAGCCUUCUUGCACCCCCUGGUGCUGUUGCGUUUUGUGUGGUAGGCAAGGAGAUUGUCUUCUUUCUUUCUCUCUCUCUCUCGCUCCCUCUGGUUGCUCAUUAUUCAGAGAGAGACACACAGAGGGUUGAGUGAGAGAGAGAGAGAGACGGAUAUCUCAGGUCAUCUGCAGCUGCAGCAAGCCAGUGAAGGAGAGAGGGAGAGGGGGGAGAGGGGGGAAAAAAAGCAGGGAAAAAGAUGGCGAUCCUCCAUUGCUGAGACCUGGCAAGGAGCACAUGAGACUAAGAAGAAGAAAAAAAAACCACCCCAACUUCCAUAACAAUUUCCAGAAGAAGAAGAGCAAGGGAGAGAGAGAAAGGAAGAAGAGCGGAAGGAGACCGGCACCGGGACCUUGCUAUCAUACCUGGAAUUAGGAACCCUUCUCCAGCCUCAUGUUGAGUAAUACAAAAUCAGCAAAGUUUGGGCAAAAAAGGCUAAGGUUUGGUGAUGUAUCAGCAGGCUAAACUGUUGACUCCCCAACUCAUCUAAGCGGAUUUCCUAAUGUAAAACUUACCAUUAAGGACUAUGGAGGUGCUGCAGUGUGAUGGCUGUGAUUUUCGAGCGCCAUCCUACGAAGAUCUGAAAGCUCACAUUCAGGAUGUUCAUACUGCAUUUCUGCAGCCCACAGAUGUUUCUGAGGAAACUCCAAGCCAGUCAAGGUUUAGUUCUAUGAAUAGCGGUGACCAAGCUGAGGUGGAAUAUUCUUCUGUAAAAGAUGAAUUCGCAAUUACAGAUGAUAUGGCAGGACAAAAUGCUGCUCAGCUGGGGACUGGAAAUUACUAUAGCCAUAGCCAGAGUUAUUAUGGCCACCAUAUGCUCUCUAAACCAGCAAACAAGUUUUUUCAGUGCAAAUUCUGUGUGCGUUACUUCAGAUCCAAAAACCUCCUCAUAGAACAUACACGGAAAGUGCAUGGCGCUCAGGCUGGAGGAGGAUCCCCAACUGGAUCACCUGGUGCUGGGUCCUUAAAUUACAACAUCAUGAUGCAUGAAGGCUUUGGUAAGGUUUUUUCUUGCCAAUUCUGUACGUACAAAUCUCCGAGGCGUGCAAGGAUUAUUAAGCAUCAGAAGAUGUACCACAAGAACAGCCUGAAAGAGAGCUCUGCUUCCCCUUCUGCUGCAGCUGCUAUAUCUGAAUCGGCAUCUAUAUCUGUGCCAAUGCAGGACUCUUGCAAAGAGCUUCCAGCUGAAGUUGUAGAACGCAGCAUCUUGGAGUCUAUGGUCAAGCCCUUAACCAAGUCCAGGGGCAACUUCUGUUGUGAGUGGUGUAGUUAUCAAACACCUCGAAGGGAACGAUGGUGUGACCAUAUGAUGAAGAAGCAUCGCAGCAUGGUGAAAAUAUUGUCCAGCCUGAGGCAGCAGCAGGAUGGGAGCAGUAUGCAAGACAUAUCAAGCAAGGGUCCACCAAGCCCCACCCAAAAUUCCAACUAUAUACCUAUGAAUGCUUCUGGACGGGAGAUGCCAAAUGCAAAUGUCUCAAACUUCAGGGGGUCUAUGAAUAAUUCCCUUGUCAGGUCCAACUCUUCUACUUCUUCAAAGUUUUCUUCUGUUUCUUACCCUCAUAUGAAACAUAAGGCACCUCACAACUCAGGCAUUGUUAGUAUGUCUGACAGAUCCCGUUAUGGGAUUGACAUGGUGAAUUCUUCUGCUGACAUGGAUACGAACAGUAUGCUAAAUGACUCAAGUUCUGAUGAUGAGCUGAAUGAACUAGACAGUGAGAAUGGCUUGAAUUCUAUGGAUCACCAGGCUUCUGGGCUAACUGCAGAGCAACUCAUGGGAUCUGAGGGCCACAAAUUAUUGGAAACAAAGGGGAUCCCAUUUAGGAGGUUUAUGAACAGAUUCCAGUGCCCUUUCUGUCCUUUCCUCACCAUGCAUCGGCGGAGCAUUUCCCGCCAUAUUGAAAACAUCCAUCUUUCUGGAAAGACAGCAGUAUACAAAUGUGAUGAAUGUCCUUUUACUUGCAAGAGCUCUUUCAAACUUGGAGCUCAUAAACAGUGUCAUACGGGGGCAGCGUCAGACUGGGAUGCAGUGAAUUCCCAAACAGAGAGCAUUGCUUCUUCAUUGAAUGAAAGCACAGUAUCCUAUGAAGGGGGCAAUAUAAAUGGCAGGAAGUCUGGGGGAAUAAUGGAUUCCAUGCAACAACAGCAACAGUCUCCGCAGUCCCAUUCACAACAUCCAUACAAAUGUACCAUGUGCAAUUAUUCCACAACAACGUUGAAAGGUCUUAGGGUUCAUCAGCAACACAAGCAUUCAUUUUGUGACAAUUUGCCAAAAUAUGAGGGGCCAUCAUCAAACACACCACAAGAAAGUGAGCCUGAUACUCAUGCCUCUCCCAGCACUGUGAAGAAAAGCCAGACCUCAAUUCUUGGGCUGUCUUCUAAAAACAACUUUGUAGCUAAAUCUUCUAGAAAGAUGUCCAAUGACUUUCCUUUAGAUUUGUCACCAGUGAAGAAGCGAACAAGGAUUGAUGAGAUAGCUAGUAAUCUGCAAAGCAAAAUCAAUCAAAACAAGCAACAAGAAGACGCAGUGAUUAAUGUAGAGGAUGAUGAGGAGGAAGAGGAAGACAAUGAAGUGGAGAUAGAGGUAGAACUGGACAAGGAAGAAGAACAAGCAGAGCAAUUGAUGGAAAUUGCAUCAUUCACUUCCCAACAAAUGUGGGGAAGAGAUGCUAAUGAAUCUCAGAAGGAAUCGAAUUAUAGAAACAUCCCACAUGAUUACAACUCAACAAAUGGUGCUGAAAUUGAGUUAACUAUAUCUGAGGAUGAGGAGGACUAUUACUGUUCUCCAGUUGGCUUGAAGGACCAAGCUCUGAAUUCAUCGGCUUUGGGCAGCCAGUCAAGUAUGUAUGGAUCUGAUCAAAACAACGACAAUUCUGACUAUGGUGAUUCUGGAAGGCUCUACUAUUGUAAACACUGUGAUUUCAGUAACAAAUCUGCCAGGAGUGUUAGCACUCAUUAUCAACGGAUGCAUCCAUACAUUAAAUUUAGCUUUAGGUAUAUUUUAGAUCCCAAUGAUCACAGUGCAGUGUAUAGAUGUCUUGAAUGUUACAUUGAUUAUACAAACUUUGAAGACUUGCAGCAGCAUUAUGGUGAGCAUCAUCCUGAAGCUAUGAAUGUACUAAACUUUGACCACUCUGAUUUGAUUUAUCGAUGUCGCUUUUGCUCAUACACCAGCCCGAAUGUUAGGAGCCUAAUGCCACAUUACCAAAGAAUGCACCCAACAGUUAAAAUUAACAAUGCAAUGAUAUUCUCAAGUUAUGUAGUUGAGCAACAAGAAGGGUUAGGCUCAGAGUCGCAAACUUUGAGAGAGAUUUUAAAUUCUGCCCCCAAAAGUCUGGCCACUUCCACUCCAGUUGCUCGUGGGACUAGCUUACCUGCUUCUUUUAACAAAAAUUCUUCAAAAGGUAAUAGUCCUGAAUCUGACAGCCAGAAGGAGUCUUCAGUAAAUAGUGUUGUUGUUUAUGACUGUGACGUUUGUUCAUUUGCAAGUCCCAACAUGCAUUCUGUCUUGGUGCAUUAUCAGAAAAAACAUCCUGAAGAAAAGGCUUCAUAUUUCAGGAUUCAGAAGACAAUGCGUAUUGUAUCUGUUGAGAGGGGCUCAGCUCUGGCUCAGAUGGCGUAUGAAUUGGGAUCACCUGUUUCCCCCAAAAUGUCCAACAUGCCUUCACAACUGCCACCUCCACCACCUCCAGACCUUACAACUGAGCUUUACUACUGCAAACACUGCUCAUACAGCAAUCGGUCAGUGGUUGGAGUGCUGGUGCAUUACCAGAAAAGGCAUCCAGAGAUAAAAGUUACUGCAAAAUACAUUAGGCAAGCACCUCCCACUGCAGCCAUGAUGAGAGCUGGGGAGAUGCCUCCUGGUAUUCAUAGACCUCCUGGAUCUAUGCAACAGCUUAACAGGGGCAACACUGAGAGUACUGUGGCUCCCUUGGAGAAUGAGAUGUUCUUUUGCCAGCACUGUGAUUAUGGAAACCGGACUGUGAAAGGUGUGCUCAUACAUUACCAAAAGAAGCAUCGUGAUUUCAAAGCCAAUGCAGAUGUGAUUAGGCAACACACUGCCACAAUCAGAAGCCUUUGUGAUCGUGGCCAGAAAAAUUCCCCUGGCAGCUUGCAGAUUCACUCUUCAAAUGUUGAACGAGAAAAGACUAAGCUGAGAGCUCUCAAAUGCAGGCAGUGUUCUUAUACCUCUCCCUAUUUCUACGCAUUGCGGAAGCAUAUUAAAAAGGAUCACCCAAGCCUGAAAGCCACAGUCACUUCUAUUUUGCGAUGGGCAUUUUUGGACGGCUUAAUAGAAGCUGGAUAUCACUGUGAAUGGUGUAUCUAUUCUCAUGCUGAGCCCAGCGGCUUGCUUGUACAUUACCAAAGGCGGCAUCCUGAGCAUUACGUUGACUAUACAUACAUGGCAACGAAGCUCUGGGCAGGACCAGAUCCUUCGCCUCCUGCCUUACUAAUGCCAUUGGAGAUGAAAACAUAUAAAUGUAGAGACUGCAUUUUUGAAGCAUCUUCCAUUUGGGACAUUACUAAUCACUACCAGGCUUUUCAUCCUUGGGCUAUGAAUGGGGAUGAAUCAGUGUUGCUAGAUAUCAUAAAGGAGAAAGAUGCUGCUGAGAAAGCCAACCCUGCUUCCAAUGAUACUGGAGCCCGGAUACAUUCAGAUGACCAGAGAGUAGCCCAAGCACCACAGGUGGAUCAGGAUACAGAAUACACAGAGGAUACAAACCUUCCCCAAGACAAAGCCAUCCAGCUCACCUCUGCAAACCCUGCAAUAUCUUCAACACCCUACCAGUGCACGGUGUGCCAGUCAGAAUACAACAAUUUGCAUGGCCUUCUGACCCAUUAUGGCAAAAAACAUCCUGGGAUGAAAGUGAAAGCUGCAGAUUUUGCACAAGACAUAGACAUCAACCCGGGUGCUGUGUACAAAUGUAGGCAUUGCCCAUACAUUAAUACACGCAUCCAUGGUGUUCUUACACACUACCAGAAACGACACCCUUCAGUAAAGGUCACUGCAGAAGAUUUUGUGCAUGAUGUGGAACAACCUACAGACAUGUCCCAGAAUGAUGUGGAAGAGACCAGCAGAAUUUUCAAGCAAGGCUAUGGUGCUUACAGGUGUAAAUUGUGCCCUUACACUCAUGGUACUUUAGAGAAACUCAAAAUUCAUUACGAAAAAUACCAUAACCAGCCUGAAUUUGAUGUGUUUGCACAGUCUCCUCUCAAGUUGCCUGCCUCCAUGGAGCCUGAAGUAGUCACUGAAAUUAAGCCUUCUCCAGAAAUUGUCCCUGAGGAAGUUAUUGGAGAUGAUUCAGUGCCACCGACUCACUUCUCCAGUUCCCAUUUGGUUUCUCACACAGUGUUCCGAUGCCAACUCUGUAAGUAUUUCUGCUCUACCAGGAAAGGGAUAGCAAGGCACUACCGCAUCAAACACAACAAUGUCCGGGCACAGCCAGAGGGCAAGAACAACCUCUUCAAAUGUGCAUUGUGUUCUUACACAAAUCCUAUUCGUAAAGGUUUGGCUGCACACUACCAGAAGCGCCAUGACAUUGAUGCUUACUAUACUCACUGCUUGGCAGCCUCGAGGACUGUAAGUGACAAACCCAACAAAGUGAUCAUUCCAUCACCUCCAAAAGAAGAUUCCCCUCAAUUAAGUGAGGAGCUGAGAAGGGCAGUGGAGAAGAAGAAAUGCUCCCUUUGCUCCUUCCAGUCUUUCAGUAAAAAAGGAAUUGUGUCCCACUAUAUGAAACGGCACCCUGGUGUCUUCCCUAAGAAACAGCACGCAAGCAAACUUGGGGGUUAUUUUACAGCCGUGUAUGCUGAUGAGUAUGAGAAACCGCAAAUCCCAGCAGAGGAGAGGAAUGAUUUUGAGAAACCUGAAGUCGAGGUGGAGGGUCCAGAAAUUGAGUGGCUCCCCUUCCGAUGCAUCAAGUGUUUCAAACUCUCCUUCAGCACAGCUGAGCUGCUGUGUAUGCAUUACACCGACCACCAUAGCAAGGACUUGAAGAGAGACUUUACCAUACUGGGGAGCGGUGCCUGCUUCCAGAACCCCACUUACCAGUGCAAGCACUGUGACAGCAAGCUGCAUAGCACGGCGGAACUGACCGCACACUUGAACAGUCACAAUGAAGAAUUCCAGAAGCGUGCCAAACGUCAAGAGAGGAGGAAGCAGCUUCUGAGCAAGCAAAAAUAUACAGAUGGUGCAUUGGUAGAUUUCAAACAAGAGAGGCUUUUUUCUAACUUGGAAGAAGUUUCAAAGCUGAAAGAGAGAAAGGUUGUGGGAUACAAAUGUAAAUUUUGUGUGGAAGUUCAUCCAACUCUUCGAGCCAUUUGUAACCAUCUCCGUAAGCAUGUCCAGUAUGGGAAUGGCUCUGCUGUGUCUGCUGCAGUCAAGCAGGAAGCUGAAGAUCCUUCACAUGCAGCUUUCUUGGAGGGUAUUGAGGGAGCCAAAGACCCUGGCAGUGUUGCCACUGUGGAACUUGCGGAAGCUGACUCUGGACCAUCACUGGAAGAUGAAACCAGACCUGGUGGCUACCACUGCAGCCAGUGUGACCGGGUUUUGAUGUCUAUGCAGGGUCUACGAUCGCAUGAGAGGAGUCACUUGGCAUUGGCCAUGUUUACUCGUGAAGACAAAUACAGCUGCCAGUAUUGUUCCUUUGUCUCUGCUUUCAGGCACAAUUUGGAUCGCCAUAUGCAAGCUCACCACGGACAUCAUAAGCCAUUCCGCUGCAAGCUCUGCCCUUUCAAGUCCUCCUAUAACAGCCGACUGAAAACCCACCUCCUCAAAGCACACGCUGGUGAACAUGCCUACAAAUGCUCCUCCUGCUCAUUUUCCACCAUGACAAUCAGCCAGCUGAAAGAGCACUCCCUGAAAGUGCAUGGGAAGGCACUGACACUACCAAGACCACGCACUAUCAGCCUUGUAACCUCGCAUGCUCAACAUGCCUCCAAGAACCACACUACUGCUGAAGAAGUGGAAGACUCUAAUGAUUCUUCCUAUUCAGAGCCUCCAGAUGUCCAACAGCAAUUGAACCACUAUCAGUCAGCAGCUUUGGCAAGGAAUAAUAUUAGCCCUGUCCCGCUUUCUGGCACAGACCAGAAAGCUGAAGUUGUCCUUAACUGUGAAUUUUGUGAAUUCUCCUCGGGUUAUAUUCAGAGUAUUCGGCGUCAUUAUCGUGACAAACAUGGAGGGAAGAAGCUUUUUAAGUGUAAAGAUUGUUCCUUCUAUACAGGCUUUAAAUCUGCUUUUACUAUGCACGUUGAAGCUGGGCAUUCGGCAGUUCCUGAGGAAGGACCCAAAGAUCUACGCUGUCCUCUGUGUCUGUACCACACCAAAUAUAAACGGAACAUGAUUGACCAUAUCGUCCUUCACAGAGAAGAACGAGUGGUUCCCAUAGAAGUGUGCCGUUCCAAGCUGUCCAAAUACUUGCAGGGAAUUGUUUUCCGCUGUGACAAGUGUACCUUCACCUGUUCCAGUGAUGAGAGUUUACAGCAGCACAUAGAGAAGCACAAUGAGCUAAGACCUUACAAAUGCCAACUGUGCUAUUAUGAGACCAAGCACACGGAGGAGCUGGAUGCUCAUCUUCGAGAUGAGCAUAAGGUGAGUCGCAACUUUGAGCUGGUUGGACGGGUUAACUUAGACCAAUUGGAACAAAUGAAGGGAAAAGAGGAGAGUUCCAGCAGUGAUGAGGAAGAAAAAGAAGAGGACAUGAGUUCCAAGGAGGAAGAAAGAGAGUCCAUGAGGUUCUCUGAGAAUGGACCUCCAGAAAAACGGUUCCCAUGUGAAUUCUGUGGUCGAUCAUUUGCGGAAGGCUCUGAAUGGGAGAGGCACGUACUGAGGCACGGCAUGGCUUUGAAUGAAACCAAGCGAGUGAUUGCUGAAGAUGGCCAACUGAACGAAAGUGCAGAGGAUAAUGUUAAGGUACCGUUGGCAGAAGAGAUGGAGAGCAGCGCAAAAAUAGUGGUGGACUUUUCCCACAAGAACGAAACUGCCAUCUGUAUUGUUGCUGCUGAUGAUAAAUCACUCCAAGAGAAUGCAGAGGCCAAAAGUGAAUGAACACCUGGUGUGAUUUCAAACAACCUACUUGAACAGUGAUCGAUGGGAGAGGGUAGGGAGGGGGACAAGGAAGAAUCAAAGCUGCUUUUAGGACUGAAUGAUCUAUUUUCAAAGCACUGGUACCUGUGUGUGUGUGCGUGUGUGUGUGUACAUAUAUUAAAUUUAUUUAAGUGAGGGCGAUGAAAUACGUGACUCCAUUACAUCGCUGUGGCUCUUCUGGAUUUUGACAAUGGGAAGUUGCGUUCAUUUGAACUUGAGAAGCAAAAUUCCCAAUGUUCCUCACGUUAACGCCAACGUGCUUUGCCAUGGAGACUUUGGAUUGUUUCAAGAAUGGAAGUGUCAUGAGGAUGGAAGAGUGCAGGGGGGACAACUUUCAGCGCACAAACUUGGGCGCUUUUUUUUCUAGUUUUAAUAUACAUAUUACGCUUUUUCCAGACUGAAUGACUGACCGACGCUUUAGAAAAAGAAGAAGAAAAAACAAAAUAAAAACUGCUUUUUGCUUAAAACAGUCACCUGUUUCCUAGUACCUCAGAAUUAACCAAGGGAAAUUUAAAAGAAUACAAAUCUCUGCAUUUGUCAGUACUACCUGUUGUCAUUGUGGUUAAAUGUAGAGAGCGAGAGAGAGAGACUGACUGCUGGGCCAGAUAGUGAAUGGAAGAAAAAUUUAAAAACCACAAAGUUUUAAAAGAAAGGAAAACAAAAUUGUGCUCAAAAUCCCUGUGGGGGUUUUAUUUCUUGAAAUACUGUGAUUUUUUUAAUUAUUUUAGUAAAAAAAUUACAAAAAAGAGAGAAUUCCUAGAUACCUGUCUGUGACUUGUCAUCUUUUAUUCCAGGUAAGCUAUUUGUUAGCAUUUGGCUAUGAUUUUAGGGUUUCUUUUGUAUUAGACUCAUGUGACUGACUCUAUGCCGGGUUUUUUUGUUUGGCCCCGUGUCUCCAUUCACUCAGCCUGAGGGAUUACAAAUACAGCACAAUUAAGGGUUUGUUUUUUUUCCCAUGUAAAGUAAUGUUAUUUUCUCCACCCCCAGGAGACUUGGGGCAGGAGAGAGGAUUAGUUCUUGUGGAUAGAGUAUUUCUUUCUUUCUUUUUUAGUUUUAAACAUGCAGGAAUAGCAAAGAAGUAACUUUUUUAAGAAAAAGAAAAAAGAAAAAACCCAUUAAAGAACCAAACUUACAGCACAGCUAUGCAGGUUGUGGACCAAUCAAAUGGGUCCUCAUAAUCAUUCUGUUGCUUGUCAAAUUUAACAUCUCACACUGAUUAUUAUUUUGGUUUUAAGAACGGUUGCCUUUCUUUUCCUUUUUAUAUGUGGCGUGUCUUGUUUUGGUGCGACGGGGGAGGGAAGGAGGGGAGGGAGUUGAUAAAAAUUUCUGCAAGCUUGAGGUGACCCAGCUCCAUGUUCUUGGGAGCCUGAAGAAUACUCUGUUUGUGGAUUUCAAGAUGGGGCGUUAAACUGUUUGUAUUGCCUCCCAUUAGUUCUUCGCAUGAGGGGGAACAGCGUAGCAUAAAUAGGAAUCUACAUGCAUGGAAUCUGUGCUCCCAGUUCCUUAUUCACGUAAAGAACAUUUUUAUGUGUGUGAAUAUGAAACAGAAGAGCCAGACCCAUGAGUAAUGGUCUGAUUGUGAACAAAGGGGUUUCUUUCCAAAAAAUUAGAAAGUACUUGACUGAAUCCUAGUUUUAGAAAUGCAUGUGUCUCUUUGGGUUAGUUUUCUUUUUCAUGUUUUUGUUUGCUUUUUUUUUUCCAAUCUUCGAGGAUGUGGGGAGGGGAGUGGGUGGGAGGAAGGAAGGAAGCUGCUGAGAAGUCAGGCGUCCAACAGAACUUCUCAUCUGAUGGCAAGAAAGAGAGAAAAGAAAAUAAUACUGUUGCAUUUGUGGAAUAAGUGCUACUUGAAAAGCAUGGUGUUUUGCUUUUGAGGAUUCAUAUUUUGGGGGUAGGGUGGGGUUUUGUUUUUAUUUGAAGGGAGGGAAAGUCAUGUGGAAAACACAUUGGAAGGACAAGUAUAAAUACACAUUUUGUGUCUGUAUGUUUUUUUAAUUGGCCUCAUUUCAAAUGUAUUUAAACAGUUCCAUACCUGGAUUGGGUGUUUGUAAUGGUUACCAAAAAUUAAAAAGAUGAAAAAAAUGAAAUAAAUGAUUGUGACAUGCUUUUAUCACUACUUUAUUUUUCAAAUAACAUGUAAAUAUUGUAAUCCAUUGGACUUGUUUUUGUUUUGUUUUUUUGCUAACCUGUUAAUAAAUAUAUGGGACCAUUAUCCUUUUUAACAAGCCUAGAAUGUCAUAUUUUUGUUGUGUUUUUUUCCUCCCAAAUGUAUACCUUGAUAUAUUGUGGACACAUAUUUUAGAUGCAUUAUUAUGAUUCUGUUGGCUGUAAUGAUGACCUAGGAUUGAGAAUAACAUUUUUUUUCAUUUGUUUAAUUUAUACAGAGGACUUUUUCAGAGUUUGACAGAAGGAAAUAAAUAGCAAAAUGAUAACCUACUGGCUCCGGAACUCAGUAUUUCCUAAUCAAAAUUAACUACUGCUCAGUGUUUGGUGGAAGGAGUGGAAGUUCUGAAAUGUUGCACUGAUAACUUUUUUUAAGGCAAAAAGAAAAUGAAUAAAGAAUUUUCAAAAGUGAA